UGAGGGGGAUCGGUUGAAAGCGCUUGGCAAGCGCUCAAACAGCCCGAAAGGGUUGCACGCCCGGUGUGAUGGCAGCUGCUUGAAGCCUCGGCACAGGCAUGAAGCGCCCCGCCGAGUCGGAGGAGCCGCGGCCUGCGCCCCCGCAGCCGGCGCCGGAGUCAGGCAACCCCUUCGCCGGCGUUUCCUUCAGCGGACCUGGCGCAAGCUUUCCCACGACCGCCGCCUCUGGGUUCCCUGCUGCAAGCCCACCCGCACAGGCCCAGUCUGGCAACCCCUUCAUGGGCUUGUCGCUCUUCUCCUCGCCGCCCUCAGGAAGUCUCUUUACUGCGGCCGCGACCACUCUGAAGUCCCCCAGCUCACUACCGAAGACGGAUACCAAGGAGGAGACGGAUGCCAAGGAGGAUGAGAGCGAGCACGAGAAGGAGACUGAGGAGAAAGAGGAAGCCAGCGAGGGAGAGGAUGUGGGCGACGAGCCAACAGGGGAAGAAGAUGAGGAGGUGGUCUUCCGUGCGGAUUGCAAGCUCUGGAAGCUUGUCAAGCUGCCGCCCGGCAAGGAGGACUCCGAGGGCUGGCGGUGGCAGGAAAGGGGCUGCGGCAUUGUUCACAUCAACCGGCACAAGAGCAGCGGCCACUUCCGCCUGGUGAUGCGCAUGCGGGGCGUGGGGAAGCUGCUGCUGAACACCCCCGUCUUCCCCAGCACCAGGUACGAGAAGGUCGGCCAGAAAUCCGUGCGGUUUGUCGGGGUGGAUGCAGAUGACCAGGCAAACGCUUUGUGUGCCUUCCGGCUGAACCUCCAUAGCAGCGACCAGCAGGAGAAGUUCCUGGCGGUGCUGAAGGACGCCAAGGCCUGAGGCGCCGGGGUCGACCGGAAUCAUGCGAGGUCGAUG